AUGGCGAAUAAAUGUCAUCAAUGUGGUAAAUUCAUAGCCACAGCAGAUGGUGCAAAGUGUACUAAGUGCGCAUGCCUAUUUCACCGAUUAUGUGUCAACCUAAGCCCUGAUCAUAGAAUUCCGCUUAAAUGGCAGUGUCAAGGUUGUAAAUCGGGACCCAUGGAAGGGGUGAGUCACAAUAAGAUCAAUUCACUCACAUCUUCACCCGACACUGAUAUAUUCUUGGAGGCUGCUGAUAACACUGUGAGCUCACUUGCCCAAGAGAUGCGGCUCCUAAGAGCUGAACUUGGAUCUGUGGCCAAAACGAUGUCAUCUUUUAAAGAAGAACUUGCACGGUUAAACACAGUUGUAGGUAGCUUAACAAAAAAAUUUGAAGACAUCGAAGUACGUCUUAACGUCUUGGAGGCAUCAAACGGAGAUCGUUCCUCAGUAACUAAUGACCAACAACUGUCUGACCUCGUGGCACAGUUGCGAGCGGAACUAAACGACCGUGAACAGGAAGGGCUCCAGAAUGAUAUCGAGAUAGCAGGGUUGGAAGAGAAGAACGGGGAGAACCCGACCCACCUCGUGCUAUCUCUGGCCACAAAACUCGGCUAUGAGCUGGAGGAACGAGAUGUUGUAAGUGCGGAGCGAGUAGGGUCGAGACGUGUUUACGCCGUCAGCAGUGAGCACCCGCGCUCCAGGCCUAUAGUGGUACGGUUGGCGCGGCGCGCCGUCCGGGAUGCGAUGAUACGGGCGGCGCGUGUGCGCCGGGGUACCGAUUCCGCUGGCGUCACAGAAGGUGAACCCAGAAGUGUGUAUGUCAACGAGCGGCUCACACCUACAAACCGAAAUCUAUUCUUCAAAACAAGGGAAGAAUGCCGACGAGCAGGCUGGAAACAUGUUUGGACGAGAAACGGGCGUAUCUUUACACGGAAAAGUGAUGUAACUGAGAUACGACGUGUAAGAGCAAUAAGUGACCUCAAUAAAAUUUUUGGGGCAUGCAAUAUUUGAUACUUCUUUUUUCUUUUUUUAGUGCGGUUAAAUAUUCAUACUUUUUUUCAUUACUCUU